AUGAUUUUACUAUCUAUCAUAUAUAUUAUUUUUGGAUGUAUUCUUGCAUUAAUUGCAGUUAUUUAUUUUAAAUUGAUUUAUCCUCAAAAACGUUUAUAUAAUAUAUUUAAAGCACAAGGUAUUCCCGGUGAACCAUUUAUUCCAUUGGUUGGUCAAUUAUUUGAUAUGAUGCGUGCUAGUAAAGAAAAUAAAGGAGUAGAAUAUUUUCAUGAACUUUCACAAAAAAAUGGUUCUCGAUAUUUAUUUGGUUUUGGUCCUUUGACACGUUUGAUACUAUUAGAACCUGAAUUAAUAGCUGAUGUAUUAGGUAGAUCAAAAGCUGAUAAUUAUAGAAAACCAUCUGAUCUUAUUAAUAUUGUAAAACCAUUAAUUGGUAUUCAUAAUCUUUUAGUUAGUGAAGGUGAAGAACAUGAACGAGCACGAAAAAUGCUUAAUCCAGCUUUUCAUUUUGUUAAUAUACAAUCUAUGAUACCAAUUAUGUCAAAUGAAACAAUAAAAGCAAUUACAUCUCUUUUAUUAACUUCUUCAUUAAAGAAUGAAAUUGAUCUUGAUAUUGAAUGUAAUGCAUUAACAUUUUCAAUUAUUGCAUCAAGUGCUUUUGGUCAAAGUUUUGAAACAAUACCUCAUGCUAAAGAAAUUAUGUGUUAUUCAUUUAAUGAAGUAAAAGAUGUUAUUGCUCAUCGAACUCUUCAUAUGAUCAAUCAAAUUAAAUUUCUUGCUGAAUUACCAUUUUGGGGUAAAAAUAUUGUAGAUAAUGGUGCAAAAAAAUUAAAUGAAUUUGUUGAUCAAGCUAUUGUUGAUCGUCGAAGUAGAAAAUCAAUGAGUCUUUGUUCGAAUCAAGAUAUUCUUGAUCUUCUUUUAUCAGCUAUCGAUGAUAAUGGAGAAGGAUUUUCUGAUCAACAAAUAAAAGAUGAAGCACUUACAUUUGUACUUGCUGGUCAUGAAACAACAGGAACUUUAAUGACAUGGAUUUUUUAUAUUUUAAUGACACAUAAUGAUAUUUUACAAGCAUGUCGCGAAGAAGUUGAUCGUGUUUUGCCUAAUGGAACAGUUCCUACUUUUGAACAUAUGCCUCAUCUUCAAGUAAUCGAAGCUGUUAUUUAUGAAACUCUUCGUCUUUAUCCACCAGCUGCAUUUUUCGUUCGUGAAUCUACUAAAGAACAUGUUAUUGGUAGUAAUAGUAGCAAAGAUGAAAUUCAUAUUCCUGUCGGUGCUAUGAUCGUGAUACAUACUUAUGCUCUUCAUCGUCGCGAAGAAUAUUGGCCACAGGCACUCAAAUUUGACUAUAAACGAUGGAUGCGUGAUUCAGUUACAGGACUCAAACCAAAAUUAGCACAUUCAUAUGCUUAUCUUCCUUUUGCUGCAGGUCCACGAAAUUGUAUUGGACAAAACUUUGCAAUACUUGAAGCUAAAGUUAUGUUAGCUCUAUUCGUACAACGUUGUGAAUUUGAACUUGUAUCAGGUCAAAAUAUUGUACCUGAAACAAAAGGUAUAACAAUCAAGCCUAAAUAUGGACUAUUGACUCGUAUUAAACCAAGAAAUUUCUAA